AUGCCCCGAAGGCGAGGAGGCACCUCGUCGGGCGGUAGCGGUAGCGGUGGCGGUGGCGGCGGAUUCGGUUUGGCGAGCCUCCGACGUGAGUUGCACCUUCACAAUUUUUUUCGGAGCUCGUCGCCGUCGACAGCCGCUGACACCACCGCCACCGGCGAUCGUCUACCGCUACCGCCGCCGCCGCCGCCGCCAUCCUCGUCUUCUUCGACCGGCCGCUUGAUCGCGUCGAGACCCAACACCACCAACACGAGUUCACACGUGCCAAAAUCGUUUAGCAGCACGACAGCCACGUCGUCGUCGUCGUGUCACGCGUCGACGGCGUCCGGAAGCGGUUGUGCGGCCGACGGCGGCAUCGGCGUUGCGCUCGGCGGCGCGCAUCUCGCCACACCGUCGCUGAGCUCGUCGAUGCACGCGCGCCGCGAAUCGUUCCUCUAUCGCGGUGCCGAGGAUCUACGCGAGGCGUCAUCGUCGCUUCGGCCGGUGAGUCAGGCAUCGUCGAUCGCCUCCAAUGAUCACGGACACGGCGACGAUCUCAUUGUGACACCGUUCGCGCAGCUACUCGCCAGUUUGCGGAACGUUCGAUCCAAUCUGAUUUCGAUAGCGAAUAUACAAAAUAGCGACGAUAGCAGGCACGCGAAUCGCAGCGCCAAACGACCGCCACUUCAUAGCACACCGCUGCCCGAUAAUGUGGUACAAUGUGCACACGAAACGCUUGAGGAACUCGAUUGGUGUCUCGAUCAGCUCGAAACCAUACAAACGCAUCGAUCGGUGUCCGAAAUGGCGAGUAGCAAGUUUCGCAAAAUGCUCAACAAGGAGUUGUCGCAUUUCGCCGAAUCGUCGAAAUCGGGAACGCAGGUGUCGAAAUUCCUCAUCACAACGUAUAUGGACAAAGAAGAGGAUGAGCCGGCGAUAGAGAUCGAAGUGCCGACAGAGGGACCAUCGACGUCGUCGCCGCACAUGACCGUCUCGCUGUUGAAGAAGGCGCAGACGGCGGCGAUGAAUCGCAUUUCGGGUGUUCGAAAAUUGCGCGCGCCAUCGCACGAGGGACACCUGCCCGAGUAUGGUGUGAAUUGCGCCAAAGAGAUCGCCGUCUACAUGCAGCGCAUCGAUGAUUGGGGACCGGACGUGUUCAAGAUCGACGAGUUGUCGAAGAACCACUCGCUCACCGUUGUCACCUACACGCUGCUUCGCAAACGCGGUCUCAUCAAAUCGUUCGAGAUACCCGCCAGCACGCUGGUGACGUACCUGCUCAAUCUGGAGCACCACUACCGCAACAAUCACUAUCACAACUUCAUUCAUGCCGCCGACGUCGCCCAAUCGAUGCAUGUGCUUCUGAUGUCGCCGGUGCUCGCCGAGGUGUUCACCGAUUUGGAGGUGCUCGCCGCGAUUUUCGCCGGCGCCAUUCACGACGUCGAUCAUCCGGGAUUCACCAAUCAAUAUCUCAUCAAUUCCAACAACGAGCUCGCCAUCAUGUACAACGAUGAGUCGGUGCUCGAGCAGCACCAUCUCGCCGUCGCCUUCAAACUCCUCCAGGAUUCCAAUUGCGAUUUUCUCAUCAAUCUAUCGAAGAAGCAACGGGUGCAGUUUCGCAAGAUCGUCAUCGAUAUGGUUCUCGCCACGGACAUGUCCAAACAUAUGUCGUUGUUAGCCGAUUUGAAGACGAUGGUCGAAGCGAAAAAAGUGGCCGGCAACAAUGUGAUCGUUUUGGACAAAUACAACGACAAAAUCCAGGUACUUCAAUCGAUGAUCCAUUUGGCGGAUUUGUCGAAUCCGACGAAGCCGAUCGACCUCUACCAACAAUGGAAUCAGCGCAUCAUGGAAGAGUAUUGGCGGCAGGGCGACAAAGAGAAGGAGCUCGGUUUGGAGAUAUCGCCGAUGUGCGAUCGCGGCAAUGUGACGAUCGAAAAAUCGCAGGUCGGAUUCAUCGACUACAUCGUCCAUCCGCUGUAUGAGACGUGGGCGGACCUCGUGUAUCCCGACGCGCAGAACAUACUCGAUCAGCUCGAGGAGAAUCGCGAAUGGUAUCAAUCGCGAAUACCGGAAGAGCCGGAGACGGCGCGCGGCGAGCCGCCGUCCGAUGAGAAGGAGCCGCCGCCGCCGCCGCCGACGUCAGAAGCGCCGCCAUCUGAGCACCAAUCGAAACAUUUAGAAUUAUGA